UGCAAUGCACCGGCCCCAUGGCAUAAUGUAUUCGGAUUUUGUACAAUGGAGGUAUCUUUUGAGUAUGUGUACUUGAUACAAAAAUAUCUGGACUCUGGACUCGCAUUCUUGUUAAACCUUUUCACAACAGUAAACAACAACGACCGAGCGGGCGUACUAUAUUCGGAAAUUGGGACAAGUGGAUCAAGAGCCGGCCUACUCAAGUCAUUGUCAUACAAGGCAGCCGACGAGGAAGUGACCCAUUUUCUAGCCAUUAUUAAGUGACCCAUUAUCUACAUAGUAAGAUUUCGCACUGCCAAUGGUUGCCCGGUGAAAUAGCCACACAAAUGGGUGAUUCUUUUACACUAGUCCUGACUGAUCGUCGGAAAUCACCUACAUUUCUUGAUUUCUUUUGAACCACAGCCAGCCAGUCGGAAUAAUUUCUCGAGGAGUCUAUAGUACCAUCUUUAAUCCAGUUAACCGUUUUGCACCAUGGAAAAAGAUCGCAAAACGCGCCGGCCCGGCCACGGGAAAGACUCGGCUGCGACUAGGCUUGACUACCAGCCGCCCGAUGGGGGCUGGGGCUGGCUGGUCGCUCUCGGCUCCUUCACGGAGAUGUUCCUGACUAUGGGCACGCUGCUGUGUAGCGGAGUCUACUUCACUGCCAUCCAGCUUGAGUUUGAGGUCAGCAGUGCCGAGCUUGGAUGGAUCAUAAGUUCAGGGUCGACAUUGCUUUCUGCGACAUGUCCGAUCGGCAGCGCGUGCGUCAAGAGGUUCGGGUGCCGUACGACGUCGCUGAUUGGCGGGUCGGCCGUGGUGUGUGGCUUCAUCGCAAGUUCCUUCGCACAGUGCAGCAUACAUGUCUUCAUCACAUUGGGAUUAAUUGCCGGUAUCGGCUCGGGCCUCGUGUUUGUAUCCGCCACGGUGAUUCUAGGCCACUACUUCCAGCGGCGCUACGCCAUCGUCAACGGGCUGGCCUUCAGCGGCCCCGGCAUCGCCAUCUUUGUUCUGCCCCCGUUGCUGGACUACCUCAUUGAUAACUACGGCUGGAGGGGGUCGCUCUUAAUACAGGGAGCCAUCAGCUUGCACACGUUAGCGGCGGCGGCGCUGUUCAGACCGUUGCCGAGCGAACCGCAUUGCCGUGGCAGCAAGCAGGCGAACUCCAAGCACAAGGCUUACGCGAGAAUCGAAAUGGAGGAACUGGAAAAUGGACGAGGGGACAAAGAAAAUGCCAAACCGGAAGUGGACGAAAAUAGCAACUGCGAUUUAGACGAUUGCAAUUCGUUACAGGGUGGAGGGAGCGCUAGCGAACGGAACGGGGGCACUGGUGCGAGUGGGAAAGUGGAUGAACCGACUUUAUCAAACUUUGAAGGUUCAAUUUCGAGUAGCAGUCAAUCAUUGCAGUGCGCCGAAAAAGAGGAACGUCGAGAUUCGGCGGACGUUGAUCACGUGACGGCCGAUAGCCAAUCAAGAACAGACGUCGUAGAGGACAACAAGAACACUUUGGACCAAUCGGGCCCCGAGGCGCACGACGGCACCGACCAAUCAAAACGCAGCAGGCGUUUCUCCCUGGACCGGCUGAGUUUUAAGCACAACUGCUGGCUGCAGUACACCGCGGCGUUCGUGUUGAUCUGCCCGGUGAGUUUCUUCCAGGCCUGUGCGUUCUACUCGGUCACCUUCCACGUGGUGGCGCGCACGGGUCUGAUAGGGGUGUCGGCCCACUUGGCAGGCAUGUCUCUGUCCUCGCUAGGUGCCGGCUCCUCGUUCACCAGACUGACCCACGGCUGGUUCAUCCACCGCGGUCUGAUCUCCGCCACCACGGCCUACAUCGUUGCUCUCGUCGUAGGUGCCGUAGGCGCCUUUGGGAACGCCCUGUCACGGACCUAUGCAGGCGUGAUUGUGACUUGCCUCGUGAUCGGGUUUUCGUCUGGUGCCGUGUAUCCACUGGUACCCGUGGUUCUGCGAGAUUUGGUCAGUCUUCGCGGGUUACCGACCACCUACGGAUUAGCGAUGUUCUUUGACAGUUGCGGAGUGUUCGCCGGCGGUUUUACGGCAGGGCUUUUGCGUGACGUCACCGGCACCUACACCGCAUCCUUUUGUAUGACUGGCGUAUACUACUCCCUAGCUACCGUAUUUAUAACCCUCGUGUAUUUCAUGAUGAGGCUGCACCGUGGGCGGGAGAAUGCGAAACUGGACGAGGAAAGCAAUAAACGACUGGAAAACGGAGACUAUCACAGCAUUUGAAUUUUCUUUAGAUUUCUAAAAUAGAAAAUGGACCUAAAAGCAUUGUAGAUAAAAAA